CUCCAUUAGCUUUAGCCAUCGCUAGCUCUAUGAUAAAAGUCUGACUCGGACAAUCAACAGGUUAGUGUUUAAGUUAAUAUACUGUAAGGCAAUUUGCAUUAAGUACACACACAAGCUUUCGUACAUAAUUAAAGCCUCACGUACUUCCUUCGUCUUAAAGUUAUCGUUCUGUUACCAAACACUCGGUUCUGAUUUUUUAAGAGUUUGCUAAUUAGCAUUGAGUUAGCGGGGUUAAAACUUAAGCUUUUUAAAAUAUAUAUAUAUAGAUAUGAUGAAAGAAAAUGAAGGUAGUGUGGCAUUGCGUACGUUACUGUAACACAACAGUAUUCUCCAACAUAAACGGAUUGGAUAACCAGUACGUUACAAUCAGUUACCAUGGUAACAAGCCACAAGAUAUAUACGGCUAAAUAACGUUCAUGUAAAACAACGUUAGCUUGCUCUGUACAUGCAUCGUUAUCGCAUCAAAAUCGUGCUAAAAUGAAAGGCUUAAGAUAACGCAGACGACGUCCUUUGCGUAAAGGUAUGGUCAAGAAAUUGAGGCUAAUGUUAGCUUAGUUAACGUUAUAGCCUUCUUACGCAGUUAACGUUAUAGCCUUCUUACGUGGAUGUAUCGCUGCCGUUAGCAUGACAGCUGUGUUUUUACCGUCAUCUGAAGUAAUGAGAUACUAAACGUUAUGCUUAUUAUCUCACUAGAUGUGCAGUAGAUCUCUAUGCGCCUAAACUAGGUUAUGCCACCUAAUAUUGCUGUGUGAGGAACAGUAUUUGUGCUAACAGUACAUCGUUAACGCUAUAUCUUAUAUGAAGAAACACCGCAGUGUUUUAUAGGCUUCUAAUCCGCUUUGCGCGUCUUAAUUCUAGGGAUGGGAGAGGCGCCUGUGUUGAUCCUCCAGCACCUGAUGAGUGGCAGGUAGUGACGGUGCAAAAAUGAAGAAGAUAUUCAGCUUCACCAAGAGAAAGAAACACCCGUCCGGUACUCCUGACAGUUGGAGUGUGCUUUCUGCUGGCUAUGAACUUAAAGAAAAGGACCUCGGGAAGGUUCACAAGGCUGCCUCGGUGGGUGAUUUGGCAAAGCUGAAGCAGCUGGCUAAAAAGAAUGAUAUCAAUCAACUUGACAAGGAGAACAGAACUGCACUUCACAUUGCCUGCGCCAGUGGACAUGUCGAGGUGGUGCAAUUCCUCAUCGCGAGCAAAGCUAAGCUUAACUUAUGCGACAAUCAAAAUAGAUCUGCCUUAAUGAAGGCAGUGCAGGGUCAACAUGAGCGCGCCGUGAGCGUACUGCUGGAGAACCACGCCGAGCCGAACCUAGUGGACGUCAAUGGCAAUACGGCCCUGCAUUUGGCAGCGAACAUCCCGUCCAUUUCCACUACUGUCCUGCUGCUGGAGCACGAGGCUGACAUCAAUGCACAAAAUAAGGAGGGGUUCACACCCUUGACUGUGUCAGUGCGUGAGGACCACAUCGAGAUGGCUGAGUUUCUCCUCAAGGAGGGUGCUGGUGUCAAUGUUAUGGACCAAGCCCAAAGGUCCCCGUUAAUGAUCGCUGCUGGUAAUGGACAGAUUGGUAUGUUGCGGCUGCUCUUGCGGUUUGAUGCAGAUUUCGUGCUAAAGGAUACCAAAGGAUGGUCAGCUGAUGACUACGCAGUGAUGAAUGGGCAUCAUCCUUGUUCCCUCCUGAUCAUCGAGCACAGCACCCAGAGGAAUGAUGGGCCUUCCCUCUCCAAUCAAGGUCCGAUCAAAAAGAAGAAAAAAGCGCUGUUGGGCAGUCCUUCCCAAGACAUAGAAGCAGGCUUCUCUUUGGGAGGACCAGCCACUGACAAAGAUGAGCAUGGAACAAAUGAAGCAGGGGGAGAUUUUGAAGACAAUUCUCAGUCGGAGUCACUAAGUCGGGUUUCAAAAAGUGCUGCAGAUGAAUGGGCUUCAUCAGAAGAUGAUGAUGAAUUGGUUUUAAUGGAAAAGAAACCACAGAGGGUAAACCUAAGGAAAAUGAUUGCAUCUAAAAGAGGAGAAGCUUCGGCACUGCCUGACAGAUCCUUGAGCGGUACAGAAUCUGAGCCAGAGAGUGAGAAUAGAGUCCAGAGAAUCCCAUCCCUCCCGAAGGCUUUACCAUCCAAAGCUCUGCAGCACCCAGUAGAUCCCGCUCCCACUUCCUUCCUUUCCAGAGCACCCCAGAUGACCUCUACUCCUCGUCCCAGCUACAUAAAGAAAGAAGAUUCCACUGGGGACGAGGAUGACAAUGACCAAGAGGAGGAUGGAGAUGACGAAGAGGAAGAAGACGUCUCAGAUGAAAAUGAUGAACCUGAAGAGAGCAGAGACUCCCUUGAGGCCAUUUCACCUGUUCCUGAGACAGAAGUCUCUAAAGAUAAGAAAAGAGACUUCCUGUCUGAGCUGGGUCUGGAGAAGGGAGAGGAGGAGCAGGAUUCUUGGGACUCUGAGUCCCGCUCCGAUAACCCCGAUAUGCCCCGUGCAGAGAAACAAAGCUUGCACACUCAGGAUCAAGAACAGAUGUCCACUGUUGAGGAAGAGAGUAAAGGAAAGUUGUUUUAUGUUCCCUCUUUUGUAAGAGGGGAAGGAGGCAAUAGGAUGGCAGAUCUAGAAGCUCGGAGGAGUGUAGGCAGGCCAAGAGGCAGCCAGGGAGAGGUUGAGAUCCAUACUGAUGAGAAUGGAGGUGAACAUGCUGAGAAAGAUGAUAGUAUACAGAGAGAGACUGAGAAGACAAAAUGGGAACCUCUCCGUGUUUUGAGCAAACUCGAAGGAGACAGCGAACGAAAGACAGACUUAAUGGAAGAGCUUGGUCUAGGUGACGUUGAUGAUCUUGAAGAUGCGUCAGACUGGGACUCGGCCAGUACUGCCAGUAGGAGAACCCUGCCUGGCCGCAGAAUGCCCUCCCCUGGACUUGAGGAGCUCCCAGAAUGCUCUUAUCCAUCUGUUAAAGAGCAGGAUGAAGACAUUGCUCCAGCAGCACCCCUGAUACCUCAGAGGAGCAUCAACUCCGACAAGACGAUGCCCAGCACACCCCUUCAGCCCGGGCCCCAACCCCAGCCUCGAGUCAGGAAGAUGGUGCCUCAGAAACCAGACAGUGAAGAAGAAUCAGAUUGGGAGCCAGACAAUGUUGUGUCCUCUUGCAAUACAGCCAAAAUUGACAAUCAGUUGCAAAAUAUAGCUGAGCUUCAGACAGAGGUCACACCGGGUUCCCCUGAGCUCUCACCGAUGGCAAAAGACAGUAAAAGUAACAGAGUAGAGUCGGACAAGCAGCAACAAAAGGAGAUAGAUGAUGCAAUAGAUACAUGUGAGUUAGAUUUGAAUAACCCAAGUCCAUCCGGCCAUGUGAGCUCUGACGGUCGAGAAAGAGAUUCAGACUUUGGAGAUCAACGCAGUCCUGAAGAAAGAAAUGAAGCGGGAGAUAACGUUCCAUGGGAGAAUCGUUACGAGAAGCUCUGGGUGGAAGUGGAGAAAAGGGAGGUCAAAUCCACCUUCAAGAAUGUUGCCGGGGAAUUGAAAGAGAGGUUUGGAGAACUGCUAAAAUCAAGACGCUCUGCUGAAGACGUCGCAGAAGAAGAACGGGCCACGGGCAACGAAUCUACUUCCGCAGAAGAAGACUCGAGUGAUGAGGAAGAAGGGGAAGUCAUUGUGCGGCCCAUGGCCAGAGCGAGGAGUACCGUCCUUCUCACCAUACCUGAGCAGAGGGAGUCUGGACUGGAAGACUCUGUGACGGAGUCAACCGACAACUCCCUAUGCGAGGACAGGAUGCAGCUCCACGAGCCCCCGGCGAGUGAGAGCAACAUGUGUCGAGAGCCAGAUCUACUCACUGAUGAUGUUAUGGAGGAGUGCAGCUCUCCUUCACCUCAACCCGCCACAGCAUGGGGAGGCAGCUGCAUAGAUCCUGUUACCACAGCUUUUACUGAUGAUCAAUGCAUACCCGUCUCUGAUAUUGACCGGAGCACAUCCCUAAAAGAGGAGGCUAAACUUGGGCCAUUCCAGAAGCCACAUCUGGACCUAAUCUGGAGGGACAGCGCUGCUAAAGUAGAUGAGGCUGAGAGGAACAACGCCGGUUCAGAAGAGGAUCCUGAGGAAGUCACCAAGGCUCACCCCGCCUCACUAAGCAGAUGUUCAGCUUCUAUCCCAGGUGUUUCGGAUGAAGAGCUGGAAGAGGACAUGGACAGAUUUAAACUUGAGGUUGGCGAGGAGGCGACAAAGACUGCAUCGGAGGAGCAAAAACCCACAACUUCCUGUGAUACUGGUGGAAUGGCAUUGGAAAAAGCGGGUACUGAGAAACCUGAGACCAGGUUAGGAUCCCUGUCAAGUCGAGCUGCAGCAACUCACCAGGAGCAGCAGUCUGCGGCCACCAAGAGCAUCAACGGGGCACCAGUGCAAUUGCAUCUCCCACCCCAGCAGACCUACAAUAGCAACAGACAGGAGGGAGCAGCUGUAGAGGAGACCUUACAGCUGGAGCUGGUCAGAGGGGCCCGGCGCAGCAGAGCCCCUCAGACCAACACUCAUGUCAAUGGAGAUCCUCCCGCGGUGUUUGAUGAUAGCCCUUUAAGUGAAUUGUCCGACGAUGAAGGAAGUGAAAAACAGAAAAAUGAGAACCCUGAGGAAGACGGGCUGGCAGCAGACUUUGAUGAACUUACUCAGUCAUCCGACACGGCAACAGAGGAAGUCGACUCUCCCACUUCAGGCUAUCGCCACGCGGCCCUCCUCAUUCAGAAGCUGGACUCAGCCACUUUGGACGCGAGAAGCAUGGUGAAGCUGCAGAACAUUUUCCACGAAUAUGAGCGCUCCAUCCAGAAGGCGAGGAGUCGCCAUGGGUACCUGGCAGACAAAGUGAGCCAGCUGGAAAUGGAGAGGGCUGAGUUGAAGAGCUCUCUGGAGGAAGUUAAAGACCUUAAAUCUGCCUUGGAGCGCAACCAGCUGGAGCUGCAGACCGAAGUCACAAACCUCAAAUUUCAGCUGAAACAGGAGCAGGAAAAUCGCCGAAAUGCCACCAUGAUGUACAACACGACCAGAGAUAAGCUGAGGAGGAUGGAGGAGCAGCAUCAGUUAGAGGUACAGGAGAGACAGAAGGUGGAGCUCUCCCUCAGGAAUCUGGAGCUGGAUAUGAGAACACUGGUCAACAACAUGAAACAGCUUGAAGAGGACCACAGUGAGACCCAGAGACUGCUGGCUCAGGAGCGCAGUGCUCGGACGCUGCAGGAGAAUCUGCUCAGCAGCCAUCUCCGGAAGCAGCAGGAGAUAGAGAACGACAACAAGAGAAACAUAAGCAGAAGCAAUGAGGCCUUGUCUCAGCUCACUGAAGCCAGUGACAGGGAGAGGGAGUUGCUGCAGCAGAGCGCUACCUUCCAGGAGCAGCUGACCAUCCUGAGAAUGGACCUCGAGCGCUCGCAUGCCAACAGCAGUCUCAAAGAGGACCACCUUUUGGAUGAGAACGAGACUCUCAAAGAGCAGCUGGAGGAUGCUCGGCGAGAUCUCAAACUCAACACUGAAGCCCUGACCCAAACUGUCUUCAACUGCAACAACCAGGUGACCACCCUGAAGUCCGAGUUAGCUUUGACAACAACCCGUCUGGAAAAUGAGCGGCAGACCCGCGAAACACUGGACGCAGAAAUUGAGUCCACUCGUAUCCGCCUGGCUGGAGCCGUAAAGGAGGCCGAGCUCUGCAUGGCAGCUCGCACAGACACAGAGAGAGCUCUGCUCCGGGAGAAAGAGGAACACCAGCGUCUUAAAGACAGACUCACAGGUGACGCGGCCAGUCAACGCGAGGCCGUCAACAGCCUGUCCCAGAAGCUGGCCAAGGCAGAGACUCGUGCAAACAGUAUGGAGAAUGAAGUUCAUCGGGCCACGCUGCAGCUGACAGAGAAAAGCCUACUGCUGGAGGUCCAACAGCGGGAGAAGGACCAGGCGGCCGUACGCCUCAAGGAGCUAGAAUCGUCCCUUCAGACCGAGAGGGAGCAGAUCAGCCGCGUCGGAGCGCGCCAAGAGGCCGCGCAGGAGCGGCUAGCCCAAACCCAGAGUGAGGGCAUGCUACUGCGGCAACAGCUCGAGGAGGCCCAAAACAAAGGCGUUGCAAAAGAGCGUGCUGUGACAGACGCCCAAGAGCGCUUCAGUGACAUUCUGUCCAAGCUGCGCUCUGACAGCGAAGAGCGAGUACAACUAGUGGAGGAGAGAAAUAAGGAGCUCGCCAGCAAGGCUGCUGAUCUCCGAGAUCAGAUCUACAAAUUAGAGGAAGAGAAGAACGAAAGAGAGACUAGUCUAAGGCAGCUGCAGCAAGAGCUAGCUGACUCACUCAAGAAGCUGUCAAUGAGCGAGGCUACUCUGGAGGUCAACACACGCUACCGCAAUGACCUGGAGGAGGAGAAGGCCCGCCUCUUUAAAGACUUGGACCGGGUCAAAGGAAAGCUGGAGGAAAGCGAAGACCAGUAUGUGCAAGCUGAGAAACGUAUCAACAGUCUAAAGAGCAUUCUGGACGAGAAGGAAAAGGAACUCACCACUGCUGCUCAGAAACACCGGGGGGCGCUGUCAGCCUCAGCAGCUUCUGAGACCACCAUCAAACAGCUGGAGCAAGCUGUGCAACAGCUCGAGAUAGAGAACGCCCGGCUGGAAGCUGCUGCAAAGCAACAGUCCAACAGAAUUGAUGCACUUCAGAAAGGGGGUCAGGAGUCUGCCAUGCUGUCUGACUGUGCGCCUGGAGGAGGGGUCAGAGGUCAUUUGGAGGACUUGGUCACAAACCUCCAAAGCAGUAAGAUGACUUUGGAAGACCAACUCACUCGGGAGGUCCAGAAGCAAAGCAUGCUGUCUCACACAGCCCAGGACUCUCAGGCCUUGUGGGAGGAGGAGCUGAAGGGCCGCUCUAAGUUAGGACUGCGCCUGGCAGAGCUUGAAAAGGAAAAGGGAAACCUGAGCACCCAGAUGGAAAUAGAAAAGAAGAAAGCCAAGAAAAUAUCGGAGCAGAAGAAGGCUGUGGACACCCGGCUGGAUCAGGAGAUGAAUAGAAACACAGAGCUUCAAAAAGAAAUGUACAGGUUGCGUACUUUGUUGAAGACCGCUAAGAAGAAGUUGCGGGAUCAGGAAACAGGUGGAGCUGAAUUUGGCUCUCCUAUGAGCAGUCUACAGGCGGACCAAGGCAGGCACGGCCAGGCCGAGGGGGCCUUUGGACGAAUGAAAGAAAAGGUGAACGAUCUGCGGGGGCAGCUGGAGAAGGAAGGGUCCCAUCGCAGCCAGCUGGAGAAGGUGAACGGUGACCUUAAGGAUCAGCUGGCCUCCCUGAAGAGCUUGAACUGCAGUAAUGACCAACUGGAGAGGAGUAAGAGGCAGCUGGAGGAGGAAGUGCUGGACCUGAGACGCCGAAUGGAGGCUUCUCAGAUGGAGCAGAGCCAGAUGGAGCAGUACCGCCAUGACGCAGAGGAGCGGGCCCGUCUGGAGUUAAAACAGAAACUGGAGCAGGUCAACAUCUUCCUGCAGUCCCAGGCAGCAUCCCAAGAAGCACUGGAUCAGAUCAAAGCGACCAAUGAGGCCAACCUGCGCUCCCAGCUGGAGCAGAAGAUCCGGGAGCUGGAGGGGGAACUGGGCCGGGCCCGUACCACCCAUCAUGACAGCCUCAACCAAAGAGACUCCACUCGCACAGAGCUGGAGCGAUACCGCCAACUCUACACAGAGGAGCUGCGCCAUCGCAAGUCUCUGGUUGCCAAACUAGAGAGGGCCAGCAGCCGGCUCGAAGAUGCCAAUUCCAAGUUGCUCAACGAGCGCAGCAGGUCUCUGAUCGCCAGCAGCAUCGCAAACGGUAGUCUCGGAGGGCCCUCGCUGGACGUGGGCUCUUUGAGUUCACCAGCACACUAUGGGGCCACACUGGGGCCCCUCAACAGGAGCCUAGGCCUGGGUCUCUCCUUCCUCAGCCCUGUAACCGACGGGCAGAACAGCAGAGUGGAGGAUUAUCUAGCCAAGAUGCAGAGUGAGUUGGAUAGAAACAUAUCGAAAGAACUAAACAACGCCACAGCAGAGCUGGACGUGACUUCAGCCCGGAUGUCCCCCGUGGGCUCUGCCUCGAGGGCGGAGCUGGACCCCGUCAGCAGGGCGACGCAGCAGUACUUGGAGGUACUAAAGAAGAACAACAUGAUCUGAACACGAUUCACAGCUGCUCGAAGUCAUCGUUAUACUUCAGCCAUUAAAAAAAACACCAGUUAUUUCACACCAAGAAUGGAACUUUGUACAUAUUUACUCUCCCUUCUUUUAUGAAAGAAAGCAAACAUAAUGCACAUUGCACUUAACCACUCAGGAGCAAAGGGUGUGAGUCAUAUGUAUAUAUGUGUAUAUAUAUAUAUUGCAUCGUUGAUGGGUACAAUUAGCGAGAACCUCAAAAGUAUUUGUUCCGUCUGACUAAUUCCAUUCAAUCGGUAAGUUUUGUUUUUAUUAGGACAAUACAAUGGUUUGGAUUUUUAUUUGUGAAUAUUGGUGUUGCUGAAUUUAAAUUUCUAAGUAUUUGAUGUUUGCAUCAUUCAUCGUUUUGCCAAGAUAUUACAUUUGGUACGUGCCAUCAAAUGGUGCAAUAUCUGUCUAGACUCAUUGGAGUAUUGUGUUUGUUUUAUUUAUUCAUUAUUAUUUUUUUUAUGAACAUGAUAUACUUGAAUAAGACGAGCUGGAAUACUCUCUGGCUAUUGAAACAGGGUGACUACAUUUAUACGACUGUCAUUUCAGCUUUUGGUUCGCUUGCUUUUCAGGGCCACCGAAAGUGAAACACGCGCUUUUUGUUUGUUUUUCGUUCAUUCAUUUCAUAAAUACUGUAACAGAUUACAUAUAGGAAAACGUUUAUGACGCCUGUACAUUACAGAAUACUCUAAAGUUGCAAAUAAAAUAUAAAAGUAAAAAAAACCUUUGUUUUGAGUGAGCCAUCGGUGUCUGGAGUGGACAUGAGGAACGACAAUAAAACGAGCAGGGAUUCAUAAAUCCAUCAUUUAGUUUGUUGUGAAGGGGUCUGAAAGGUGACUGAUUGUGAUUUUGUUUUAAUAUGUCCUAAACAAAAUUGUCCAGAUAUUGACGAAACAAAAAUAAAAAGUAAACCAAACCAAUAAAUACAGAAUAAAUCCAACGUGGGCAAAAAUAAAUAAAAAUGAAACAAAAUAAACUUUGAAUAGCAUGUGAGACAAACAUGCUAUUGACAUUGAAUAGAAAUAUUCAUAAAUAUAAAACAUGCAUAUUUAACUAUUACAGAUGUUACUUAUUAUACAAAUAGUACUUGAACUUAAAUAUGAAGUACAUUCACAGUAUAAAUCUCUCCUUUUAACCCCGCUUCUUACGCCUGUUAAAACCUCUGACGGAUAGAUUCCAAGUAUCUGACUGAAUAGUUAUGAAAGGAUGAUUGAUGAAAGUAUUUCCUUAUUGGAUUCAGUUGAGCUGUAGUAGAAGAGUGUACGUUUCGUACUGACCUCUCUUGUGCUUGAAUCACUCUGUGUUCUUGUUGUCGUGUGCAGAACGUGCUUUAGAAUCCAGGUAUCUCAAAUUCAACAUAAUAUGCAGCUUUUGCCAUCAAUAUUUCAUGCACAGCCAUUUUUA